AUCUUCUUCUUUAUCGUCUUAAACCUCUCUAAACCCUAGUCUCUCUCUUUCUCCUCGUAGAGAUUCUCUCUCUCUCGCAAUGAAGGCGCCAAAGUCAAAGCAAGAAUCAAAGUCCAAAGAGAAAGAGCCUCAACAACACGUGGUCGAAGAAGAAGACCCCGUUGUUUCUGAUUCCGAUGAUGAGGAUUGGUCGGUGGAAGAAGGUUCUGAAGGCAGUUUGAGUGAUUCGGGAUUGGAAAAUAGUGAUUUCACAGAUAAUAAGGAGGACCUUACUACAAGCGAUGAUGCUGUCUCCCUUGACGACGAGGAUGAUGAUGAUGAUGUUGGUCAGGACAGUCAGAGUGAAAGCGGAGAAUCUCAUCAAGGGGUUGAAGAGAGUGAUUCAUCCGAGGAUGAGGCUGCACCGAGAAAUACAAUCGGCGACGUCCCUCUUAAAUGGUAUGAGGAUGAGGAACAUAUUGGGUAUGAUAUUUCUGGAAAGAAGCUGAAGAAGAAGGAGAAACAAGAUAAACUCGAAUCUUUCUUAGAGAGAGCUGAUUUAAAAAAUUGGCGUAAGAUCUAUGAUGAGUACAAUGACGAGGAAGUUGAAAUAACCCCAAAAGAAGCUAAGAUUAUUCGUAGACUGCUGAAAGGAAAGGCUCCACAUGCUGAAUUUGACCCACAUGCGCCUUAUGUUGAUUGGUUUGCUUGGGAUGGUGCUAAACAUCCAAUGUCAAAUGCUCCGGAACCAAAAAGGCGUUUUAUUGAAUCAAAAUGGGAACAUAAAAAGAUUGUAAAGUUAAUCAGAGCAAUCCGCAAUGGAUAUAUAAAAUUCGAUAAGCCGAAAGAAGAACCGAAAGUUUAUAACUUGUGGGGUGAUGAUCAGACAGAGAAGGCAGGUGGCUUGGCAUAUAUUCCUGCUCCAAAGCCUCAAUUGCCAGGCCACGAGGAAUCCUAUAAUCCUUCUUUAGAAUUUAUCCCAACACAAGAAGAGUUAGACGCUUAUCAGCUUGAGUUUGAAGAAGAUAGGCCUAAAUUUAUUCCAAAACGGUUUUUGUCAUUGAGAAGUGUCCCAGCAUAUGAAAAAGCUGUCAAAGAAACAUUUGAUCGUUGCUUGGAUCUGUACUUGUGCCCUCGAGCCAGGAAAAAACGUAUUAAUAUUGAUCCUGAAUCUCUAAAACCCAAGCUGCCUAGCCGAAAAGAUCUUAGACCUUACCCAAGCACAUGUUACCUUGAGUACAGAGGUCACAAGGGUCCAGUCAUGUCAAUUUCUACUGAUCCCUCUGGACAAUGGAUUGCUUCUGGGUCAAGUGAUGGAACUGUGCGUAUUUGGGAAAUCGACACUGGAAGAUGUCUUAAAAUCUGGGAGCUAGAUGAAUCUGUAAAUUUUGUGGCAUGGAAUCCUUCUCUAGAGCUUCCUAUUUUAGCAGUUGCUGUGGGGGCAGAUGUUUACCUUUUGAACGCUGGUUUGGGAAGGGAAGAGCAACAUAAGAUUGAAGAACUUCUGCGUGUUGAAAAACCUGAAGCACCUGCACCAGAUGAAUCUAGUAAAGGUGCGCCCACUGUAAUCUGGACUGAAGAUGAAAAGCAAAAGGGAAUCAGAUUAAAGCACAUAAAGACAGUGACUUCAGUGGAAUGGCACCGGAAAGGAGACUAUUUCUCCUCAGUAAUGCCAUCUGCAGAAUCUAGAGCAAUUUCAGUUCACCAGCUUUCGAAGAAAUUCACCCAAAGAAUACCAUUCAAGCUGCAUGGACUGCCUGUUUCAACAGCUUUCCAUCCAAGUAGAUCAUUUUUCUUUAUUUCUACGAAAAUGACUGUGCGUGUUUAUGAUUUGCUGAAGCAUGAGCUCGUUAAAAAGCUUGAAACCGGGCUUCGUAAUGUUUCUUCUAUUGCCAUUCAUCCUGGUGGGGAUAAUGUCCUUGUUGGUAGCAGAGAAGGAAAAUUGUGCUGGUUUGACAUGGACCUUUCAUCCCAACCUUACAAAAUCCUUAGGUGUCACAAAAAAGACAUAACCAGUGUAGCGUAUCAUCGGACCUAUCCCUUAUUUGCAUCAUGUUCUGAUGACGGCACAGCAUAUGUCUUUCAUGGCAUGGUGUAUUCCGAUCUAAAUCAAAAUCCUCUUAUUGUUCCAUUAGAAAUUCUUCGUGGGCAUCAUAGCUCAAAUGGAAGAGGGGUCAUGGACUGCAAGUUCCAUCCAAGGCAGCCCUGGCUUUUCACAGCCGGUGCUGAUUCUGUUAUCAAGCUUUUCUGUCAUUGAGAAGCCUGCAAGCCACCAAUGUAUUUCUAUACAGGAGAUUCAAAAUUUUGCAAAUCGAGUUGUCCAAACUCAGGAGUUGCUGACACCUCAAAAACAUCCAACAGGUCACGCGCGGUAUGUCUAAUUGUGUGCUGAUGCUAGUUUGACCUAGCUGGGAGUUCUGGAUUAAUUGUUACCAUACCUCAGAUGUAGAAUUAUGUACGCCACAGUAUAUUGUAUGGUAUGCAAGCUACUAUACUUUGUUUAUUUUAUUUCAAAGGUAUUUAUAAGUCCAGCGGUUUUGUUACUACUUAUUAUGGAUAUGGGUUUUGUAAAAGAUAAGUUAAAAGCCA